CACGGUGGGAACUUCCAAGCGAUGGCCGUGACUCGUGCCGUUUCCUCCCUCGCCACCACCCUCGUCCUCCUCGCCGAGCUGCUUUACGCAUUACACGCUUCGAUGGUUAACCACGACAUCAGUGGGCUCACCCCAAAUCUUGCAUGGGGUGACCCCAGCCGAGAUUUUGGAAUGAAGGGUGUUGAUAUUGCGAUGUGUGCGUUGCUGAGUGAGAUCCAGUCUCUUGCUUCUGGAGACGUUUCAAGCCAUAUCCGGUCGGCGGAGUUGGAUAACCAGAGUGUCAAUUCGAUGGCUCUUGUUGCUGCGAGGAAGGCGAGGGAGAUGACGAAGUUGGUCAAGAUCAUGGUGGGUUAUGUGCUGCUUGAGGCAUGUCAAGCCCUUGAUCUC